UCAAACUAUACCCAGUUAAGCGCCACUCAUGACCACCAGCAUGGUGGUCCAGCCACCGUCUUGUGUUGCAACUGUGGUGUGCCCAUGGAUGGGUCCGCCGGAAUGGUGAUGUGUUACGACUGUAUCAAGUUAACGGUGGAUAUCACCGAAGGUAUCCCCAGAGAAGCCAACAUCUCGUUCUGCAGAAACUGUGAGCGUUUCUUACAACCCCCAACCCAGUGGAUCCGGGCCGAGUUGGAAUCCAGAGAACUUUUGGCCUUGUGUUUGAGAAAAUUGAAGGGGUUGAGCAAAGUCAGAUUGAUCGAUGCUUCGUUUAUCUGGACAGAGCCUCACUCUCGUCGUAUCAGAAUCAAGUUGACUGUCCAGGGUGAAGCCAUGACCAACACCAUUGUCCAGCAAAGUUUUGAGGUCGAAUACGUGGUUGUUGCCAUGCAAUGUCCCGACUGUGCCAAAUCGUACACCACCAACACAUGGAGAGCCGCGGUUCAAAUAAGACAAAAGGUUGCCCACAAGAGAACCUUCUUAUAUCUUGAACAAUUGAUUUUGAAGCAUAAUGCACAUGUCGACACCAUCUCGAUCAAGGAAGCCAAGGACGGUUUGGACUUCUACUAUGCCCAAAGAAACCACGCCGCCAAGAUGGUCGAUUUCUUAUCUGCAGUGGUCCCAUUGAAGAACAAAAAGUCGGAAGAAUUAGUCAGUACCGAUAUCCAUGCUGGUUCCUCCUCAUACAAGUUUACAUUCUCCAUCGAAAUAGCCCCAAUAUGCAGAGACAACCUUGUGGUGUUGCCCAAGAAGUUGGCCAACUCCAUGGGUAACAUCCCCCAAUUGGUGUUGUGUUCCAAGAUCUCCAACAUGAUACAGUUUCUCGAUGUCAACACCUUGAAAACCGCCGAUAUAUCUGCAUCCGUGUACUGGAGAAGUCCAUUCCCUGCAUUGUUGGACGUCACCCAGUUGGUAGAGUUCGUCGUCUUGGACGUUGAGCCCACUGGUGAUGUCAGAGGUAAGCAUGUGUUGGCUGAUGUCGAGGUGUGCCGUGCCGUGGACAUGGGAGUCAACGACCACUCGUUCUACGUCAGAUCGCACUUGGGUGCGAUUUUGCACCCAGGUGAUUCGUGUUUGGGAUACUACUUGUCCAACGCCAACUUCAAUUCCGACUUGUGGGACACCUUGGACUCCGGCAAUACCCCCGAGGUUGUGUUGGUCAAGAAGCACUACGCCAGAAAGUCCAAGAAGUCCAAGAACAGACAAUGGAAGUUGAAGAGAAUGGCCAAGGAACACAACGACAUCAUUGCCAACGACGACUCAAGACAAGCCAGACAGGAACAAGAACGUGCCGAGAGAGACUACGAAUUGUUCUUACAAGAAUUGGAAGAAGACGAAGAAUUGAGACAGACCGUCAACUUGUACAAGCACGGUGAAGGUCCAAAGGCUGUUGAGGAGGACGAUAUCGACGAGGACGAAGAUGCGCCUGAGAUUGCCAUCGACGAGUUGUUGGACGAGUUGGACGAGAUGAACUUGGAGGACACCCCAAUGGCGGAGGAGUAAGUUGUAUAGUAAUAGAGGUCACCAAAGUGAAUGGCCGGUGCGAGCCACUGCGAAGUAUUGUAGAAAUGAGUAAUAGGCGUUACUGCCAGUGAUUAGGGCGUUGGUGCGUAG